AUGACUGAUCGCCACGGCAAUUCCACCUACGCCGAAUAUUACGAUUAUGACACAACCGGAGCUACAUACGAUACAAUUGGAACAUCAUACGAGACCAACGGAACAACCUUCGAUGCCACCGGCUACGGAAACUAUGAUACUACCGGCUUUGGAACUACGGGAUAUGGCACCGAUGCUGUAGGCAAUACAUACGGUACAACUUACGACACUGGUCGUGGUAUAACGGCCUAUGACCCCAGCAGCGGUGCCUAUGAUCAACAUCUCGACUAUCGCACCGAUAGUUCCCGACGACAUCACCGUGAGCGCCUCGAUCCGAGUGGCGUCUACCGACACCGAGAUGUCGAUCGCCGCGACGAUGGAACUACUCAUGUUCAUCGAGAGUACGAUAACCCUAAUACCGGCACCAGCUAUCACCGCGACUAUGAGCGGUAG